ACGCUGGUGUUUAAAAACCGUGUCCCACAAGGGGUCUCUCUCCCGUUAGGACUCUCUCCCGCACAAGUCGAGCUUUCCGCUUGAAGUGAGUUGAUCAAAACCUAAUAGCAAAGUUUGAGUCGAUAAGACUGAUGCUGCUCUUUACUCUCCUUCCGGCCCUCAAUUCCAUCUGGGUUCUUUAAAAUCAUCCUCUUCUGUUAUGGUUAUGUGGCUGAUGCUGCUGACAACGGUUUUGUUUUGCAAGCCAAUUCUCCGGUAUCAGUUAAUGGGAAUCGACGAGAAGGAAAAAAAAUGGCUAUAGUCAUGCAAAAAGAAGGAUGAAUAGUCGAACCAGUAUGGCGCAGAGAGAAGAAAUCAUGAGGACCGUAUAUGUUUCUGAUAUUGAUUAGCAGGUUACUGAAGAACAACUUGCAGCACUAUUUAUUAGUUGCGGGCAGGUUGUCGACUAUCGUGUCUGUGGUGAUCCCAAUUAUGUUCUCCGCUUUGCAUUUAUUGAGUUCAUGGAUGAAGAGGGUGCAAGGAAUGCUUUGGGUAUGGCAGAAACUGUCCUUGGUUUUUAUCCUGUCAGGGUGUUGCCUUCAAAAACUGCAAUUGCACCUGUCAAUCCAACAUUUCUACAACGUGUGAGUAUUUUGGUUCACUGUAUUGAAUUUCUUAUUGCCCUGAUAAAACUGACAGCUGAAUUCGAUCAUGAAAAUUUAACAUUCUUAGUGCAAGAUAUAGACUUAUUUUAAUGUGUUUUGCUAUGUCCUCCAUUCUGAGGAUGAAAGGGAAAUGUGCUCAAGAACUAUCUACUGCACAAAUAUUGAUAAGAAGGUGAUUUUGGAGUCGAAUAAAUUCUUUGGCUUUUUGGUGAAUACCUGUUAGAGGAAAAUGAUAACCAUAUUUAUACUUCCUAUCUGAUCCAUGUUACGCAAGCAGAUGUCAAACUUUUUUUUGAGACUUUCUGUGGAGAGGUUUGUGGCUGCAUAUGUUUAAGAUCCAAAGUUCCCUACUUUAUAUUCCGAACUAUAAGUUAUAAAAUAUCUUCGCUGCCUUAGGUCUAUCGCUUGAGGCUGCUUGGAGAUUAUCAUCAUUCAACACGCAUUGCGUUUGUGGAGUUUGUAAUAACUAAUUUCAGGUAUUUUUUCCCCUUUGAGCAUGAUAUUAAACAUUAUCACCAUAUAAACAGCAAUAGCAAGUGUCUUUCCAGAUUUCUGAGAAAUGAAGUAAGAUCACUAUGAGACUGAGUGAAGCCCAGGAAUUGCAGUUCUUGGAGGACAAGCUAAUAGUUCCCAGUCAAGUGGCACUACAUUAAAGAUGUUCCAUACUCAAACUUCCGGCACAUCAUUUUAGAGAACAAUGAAAACAAACCAGUGACCAACAGCAGAGACACUCAAGAGGCAUGCUUAGAAGUGGAUAUAGUUGCAUACGGAGUUUCAGACCCUCACUCGGCUGUAUUAGAGCACCAAUAUAUCCAUAUUCAUAAAACGAAACCCUGGCCAGCAAUCCCUCAUAUGCCAAAGAUACCUCAGCUUUUGAUGUUUUUAUUGAAGCCUGUCUUUCAAUUUUUAAUGCUGCUUUGGUUUCUUUGUGUUAAAAUACCCGCUCCAGAUGUUUUCAUUGUACAGGUGGACAAUCAUCUUUGACCGAUUAUUGCACUUAUUUUAUAGCAUAUUCAUUUGGAUCAUGUACAGAUGUUAACAGUGCACGGCCACCAGAUAGGAUGUUGGGUGAAGUAAGGGGGAGCAGCUCAAGGUGUAUGGCCUCAUCAUUAGUCCGUGCGGGGUUUGUAAGGGGAUCUAGUGCUCAAGGGAAUGGAUGUUAUCAGCAUAGGUGCAAAAACAACUCAUUAGAGACGGUGUGUACAGUAUUAAGUGUUAUAGUCGGAGGCUUAGUAGCAGAACAUUCGGUGUUUGGUUGCUCAACAGGACUUCUCUGACGUGAAGAAGGGUGCUACACGUAAAUAAACAAGCUGCUUGGAUCAUCCACAAGAUAACGGGUACUGACCCAGUUCAAAUUGCAACUGCUUCCAGCUUUAAUUACCAGAGGAUCCGAAAUUGAGCGGGCGAUCCAGAAUAUUUUUCGAAUUUGAUGGUCUGUUAUGUCAGCCCAUAAUCUCAGGAGUUAUUUUCCGAAUUAUUUCACGAGAAACUGCUCCCGCUGAAAGGGCCAUUAAUCAUCUUUUUACUGGCAAUUUUGAAUCAUAUAUGAGGCAAGUAUCUUAUCUUUCCAUUUCCAUCAUUCCAUGAUCACGCUUCAUCUUUCUUGCUUAAUGGAUCAGACGGGUUUCGUCGUACUACAAGGCGAAUGUAGUGUCCUCUUUAUCCAUUAUCUCCUUCUUCUCAGAUUGUAAGCACAUUAGGAGCAAGUAUCUUCACAUCUCCACAUUUGUGAUAGGAUUCGCUUUUUGUUCCAGAUGUACUACAUUGCCUGAAUUUGUUGAUUCUUGGGCCAAAGAGCUCUUCCUUUAGUAUCAGCAACAGAAUGAAGCUUAUGCACAAGCUUAAAAAUACCUUUAACAAUGCUUCUGACUAACCUACUACGACAAGGGCACAUCACAUGGUCUAUUACAGACAUAUCGUUCUUGCAGUUGGUAAAUCAUGGGAUUUUAGAGGAGCUUUUACAGAGAUUGAAAGAGUAGAGAAGGUUUAUUACAUGAUGAUGGUUCACAAAGGACGGAAGGCGUCUGAUAAGGAGGCAGUGAAGAAUGCUGACUUAGCAGAUCUGGAUGUGGAAGUUUCUGACCAAAACAUAGAAUCUGAAGACGAUGUAGAAGUUUCUGACCAAGAUGUAGAAUCUGUAGAUAUUCUUGAUGUGGAAGUUUUUCACGCAAAUUUAGAAUCUGAAGAGGAUGAUGGUGAUAUAAAGCUAAGUGUAUCCGGCAGUAUAUGACAGAGCUAUCCUACUUGAUAAACUUUGGAAUGUCAGCUGGCCAGAGAAUGUUGAUUGGAUACACAAGUUUACUCUUGAUUAUAGUCAAAAGAAAGAGGUGGAUGUGAAUGACGACCUGAACCAAGAGCUAUCCUUUUAUAACCAAGCUCUUGACAAUACUAGAGAAGCUUUUACGAAAUUGAAAUUUAAUGAAUAUUUAUUUUUGAAGGCCUACAGAUUAUUAUGCUGAAAUGGUGAAAAGUGAUCAUCACAUGGAAAAUGCUAGAGACGGCUUUUGGCAGGAAAAAAAAAAGAAUCUAGGAAGCAGAGGAGAGAAAGAAGGCUAGAGAGAACAAAAAGAUGUCAAAACCAGUCCAAGCUAGAAACAAAAAUAGAGGGCUAAGGAAAAGAAGAACAAGAUUGAAUCUGUUAAAAAGUGGAGGAAGCAGAGGCAACAAAAUGGGUUCCCUGGGGUUUAAAAAGAUUUUGACAUCGGCUUAUCGUUUGAGGAUGGAUAUAUAUUUGAAAGCUAAAAUAAAAAGAGACAUGGGGUGCAUCCUGGUGAUCGUUCUAGAGGCAAGGCACGCCAAUGUGCUGGCAAGGGUAAACCAGGAGCCAUACAAAUUCUUCAGCAGGGACAUUAAUUCAAAUUCUUCUGCAGCGACAUUAAUUCAAAUUCUUCAGCGGGGACAUCGAACUGAAGCCAUCUUCUGUUUUCAUCGGAGUGUAGGAAAAGAUCUGCCGUGUCCUGUUUCGCCGCCUUCUAUCUGGGAUAUCCAGAGGAGACAUGGUGUUAACGAAAAUCGAGUGCCUGGUGAUGUAAACAAUGAGAACAUCGAAAAUGUCGAUCCCAAUUCACAUACUGCAUGUGCGGGAAGUAAUGGACGAAAGAGUUGUCACAUGCCGAACUCCUCUUCUAUGUCUAAUAGUUUUCUGCCUCUAAAUGAUGUUCCUCAAUCGACUGAAAGCAAUGAUCCAAAUACGGGACCGGUUUCAAGCGGACCUUCAGGCACUACCACUGUUGGUUGUAGUCAUGAUUUUUUGACGCCAUCACAGAGACGGCUACAUGGCGUUGAUCUAUCUAAAGUAUCAACUCCAACACCAAGUUUUCAAGACAGGCUCGGGACUCAAAGUCCAACUGGAAUUACACAGAAGGGAUUCAUAGGUUCAAGCCAGGCAUCAGGUUGAUCCUGCAGUUGGGGCAGCUCUACUGGCUUGGAAUUACUUAACUAAAGAAACAAAUGAGGAAUUUCAUAGACAGCCAUAGUGGGAUAUGAUAAUAGUGUAUAGUUACAUAGGAUGAAAUUUAAGAUUAAUAGGUGGUUGCUGAGGAAACUGGUUUCACCAGGGAUGAGAUGAUUAGCAGCUAGGGAUUCAAAUUUUUUGAAUACUCAUGAAGUUGGUGGGCAUGAAAAGUUGCAAAGUGCAUGUGGGAGUUGUUCUGAAGUGUCCAAAGCAGGCUGAUCAAGAAUAACAAUAGUAAAGCCGGUCUUUAGUGAAAGUUGUGAGAAUUGUCUUUGUUUCUUUGCUCUGGUAGUAUGCCUGAUAAGCAGGACCUCUGGUUACAUAGAUUAAAUUGUACUUUCAUAUUGGGGUUAAUUUAACCUAAGGUGAUCACUAUAUGCAAUAUGCAGU